CGUGUAUAUCCCGCUCGUCGCCGGCCAGAUGCCCACUUGCCACGCGAACAAUGCAUAGCGCUGUCCUCCCGACCAGCCGCCCUAUUGCCUUCGCCCUCGGGCUCGCGGGACGACGCCGCAGUCUUGCGCCGGAGCUGGCGCGAGCACCAUGAAGCAGCUGCCACGCCAGCAAAAGCACAGCCUGUGAGGAGAACAACGCCAGACAACCGCCGCCAUGUCGUAUAAUCUGCCCAUCAUGACCGCCGCCCCGCGCGACGUGGAGAGGGAGAAGGACCGCAGACGACCCCCUACAUCCUCGCCCAUCGACGCCGAGCCUGCACCUGCCGCGCCAGCCUCCAAGCACAUGAGAUCGAACGCGCCCGAGCUGUCCAGAGCAACCACGGCCAUCGACGACGAACAUGUCCAGCUGGCCUCGGCAACCCACCAGCGCUUCAUCUUGACCGACGGCGUCGCCGCCCGCUACCUGGAAGAAGAUGCCGCUACCCAGGUGCUGUCUCGCCGCGAGAAGAUCGAGGGAUACGAGAUAUAUCUGGUCGAACAGUGGGCGUGCUCUCGCAUCCACCCGACCUUCAUCAUCACAAACUAUACUGGCGAUCCGAAGGACGUCGUCUACGGCCAUGUGCUCAGGGUCCCAAGAGACGAGACGCAAUGGUCGCCGCAGCUGCGAACCUAUUUUAGAGCCUUGGACCAAUUUCAUGCGCGGAGAAGAGAGACAAGCUUGGGAACAAUCAUGGUUACGAAUCUGAGCAGCUUCCCCUCGUCCUUGACAAUCAUUCCCAUACCAGAGGGCGAUCUAAAGAAGAACAGAGAGUACUUCUUCGUCAACGAGAACCUGAAAAGGCUUGGGUGCUCUGGCCGUACUGGGAUCAAGCUGGCUCCUCCUAGUGGUGCCACGCAGGCAAAGUUCCACCAGCUGUACCGAACGAGCGAUAAGAUUCCGCUGAACAGUUCCGUCAUCGAACUCGUGAAGCUGUGCCAGGUUGCAUUGGUGCUCUUCGGCAACCUCGAGCCUGAGUAUGCCGACGGUCUGUUGUGUGACAUGACAGAAAAGGCCAUCAAUGACUGGUGGGUCGAGUUUGGCAAUGAGUACUAUACCGUCGAGCCACACGAUGGGAUCCUGGGGCCUACAACCGUCGCUGCCCUGCUGGGCAUGCUAAUGGGUGCACGUAACAGAUUGCGCGCCUACAACGCACCUGUCUCCAAAGACGUCUUCGAUAUUGAGAGUACCCGCCGCGGCAUCUCCUACUUUCAGAAAGACCAGAGGAUCGCCAAAACUCGUCAAUUGGACCGACAAACCCUCGAACGCUUGCGCCGCGCAACUGCCAAAGCUGCAAGCAAAGAAAGCUGGGCGGUACCGCGCGCGUUCAAAGGUGCCGUGGCCGAGCUUGGAGGAAAAGGCGGCGAGAUGGUUAUGGGCAUGGUCGGUGCGGGUGACAAGGCUGGAAUUGCCGACAUCGAAACCACCGACAUCGAUCGCUUUGUAGAGCUUGUGUCUGGAGAGCGGUCGAAAUGGUUAUGGUAUGGGAAACCUCGCAAGACCGCGAGUGGUGAUAUGUUUAGCCGCCUACCCCGAGAAGAACGAUCGGUUUCACCGGACGAGCGGGGCCCUACACAUAUUGCGAGCCUUAUCAAGAGAGAGUCGACACUUGAGGCUCACAGCUUCUCAGCACGGGAUAGUCGCGACGUCAAGCGUACAGAUACACAAUUGGCGAUCGAUGGGUACGACAGAGAAAAGGACCCCAACUCGAAGCGGGCAGCUAUCAAACGAGCUACAGAGAGGAUCGAGACAGGAAGUGGGUUCCAUCGCAUCAAGGAUGUAGUCGGUCGGCGCAAUCAUCAGCCCAAACCCAGCAAAGACGACUCCCAUCCACAACAUACCAAGUCAGACCUUUGGCCUGCGGCUCCUCAGAGCGGAACUGGUCCCAUCACGUCGAAGACCGACGAUCCCAAACAAAAUCAAGACAUACGACGCGAAGCUCUAGCCGGACGACGAACAGUCAGCAACUACGGUCCCAAGAUUACCCAGGUUCUCACAGAAACACCGACAGCAUCAGCCAGCACCCUCGACCUACAACGCGUGAGCGCGCCUCAAACGGACGGCGCUCAGGAACCAACAGCAUCCACUGGAGUAAUCGACCCGGGCUUGUCCAAGACACAUACCCCCGAACCAUCUAUUGCAGGUUCUAUUUAUCACGGCAUCGACCUCAACGACAAGCUACCUUGUGACGAAACACAAGAUUUCCCUCCGUUGCUCCGGCGGACCCAAAGCAACGACCAACUGGACCCCUACCAUCGAAUGCACCGCAACGACGACUGGUGGCCACGGCACCUCUCGUUCAGUAUUGCAGAAGAGAGCGUGUUACGGUGGGAAGGCCUCGUCGCGCCUGAUACCGUGGACCCGGACCAGAAACAGAAUCUUCCCGAGGCAUUAGCCACGACUGCAUUGAUAAGUGAAGAGGCGAAGCGGUUGCAUCACAAGAUCGCGCUUCUCUCCUCGCUCGACGCGCAGUGGGCCACGACACACAUUUCUACCAUCACAGCUCUCGACUCUGCGGCCGAGCAAGACACCUUGCAGCUCGACUCGCUCUAUUACCCUGCGCUCGAUAGCUACCAGUCGUUGCGGGAAGACGCACAUGAGAUUAUAUCAGGCAAUCGCGCGCUGUUGCAGGAGCAAGUGCGUGAUCUUACUAUGUUGAGUGAUAAGUUGGAGUAUGAGAUUGGGAGUCUCAGGAGUAAAGUUGAUGACGUAGAGGAUGGCGUUGAGGAGCUAGAACGCCUAGUUGAGGGCUUGGAGAGCAGAGUUGAUGAAGUCGAGAGCCUGCUCGGCGGCGAAAAAGAAGGUUGGCUUGGGUGGGCGUUACGAAUUGUCACUGGUUUCUAGACGGCGGCGCGUCCUCGGUGUACUAAUUGUACAACAGUGUUGCGCAACUUCAUAUAGAUGUACAAGUAGACUUCAGUCCCACCGCCUCAGAUAUAAUCAAGAUCUCGGUAG